AUUUGUUGUCAACGACCGUCGGCUAGCUGCUUUGACCUGAGGUGUCCUCCAAGAGCAGUGAUUUGACAGGCAGCCAGGAAUAAAACAUUAAAAUAUGGUUUUCGAGGAGAAGAUGAUCACGAACGGGGAACCCGAAGAUGAGGAGGAAGAGGAGGAAGAAGAGGAGGACUUGGUGGACCCUCUUGAAACCUUGCGGCAGAAGUGUGAGGAGACGGAGCACUGCAUCCACUCUCGGGAACGUUUGGAGUUAUGCGAGACCAGAGUUGGUUCUCGAUCCCAGACAGAGGAGGACUGCACGGAGGAAUUGUUUGACUUCCUCCAUGCUCGGGACCAUUGUGUGUCUCACAAAUUGUUCCAUUCUGUCAAAUGAGGUCCCCUGUGCCUGGAUGACUCGAUGACCACUUUCUCCAGAAGUCAGACUACCAGGAGGAUGGGGGUUCAAACUCGCACAUGUGUUUAUCUGCUCCGUGUUGUAACUUAAAAAUGUGUUAUCUAAACAUGUGAAAAAAAUGUAUACAGUCAUUGUGAUUCAAUAUAUCAAUAAAGUGGCUUAGAUGCACAGAU